UGGAUCAGUUACCUAAAUUACGUACCUGUGUCAAUGGUCACGGUCUAGUGCGCGCUUACCUGACGGAAGAAUGGAAUCGCCCGCUUUAGAAAUUUCACACACAGAUCUCGGGGAUCGGAAAAGAACGGAUCUCAUCCCGGAGUUGAGAAAGUUCAUACAAGGGAAUAUACAUUCUGUCGAUAUUUUGAUUGAAGUGUGAUUCAAAUUCGUGAUUAAGAUACUUCUGAGGUGUAUUAGAUUUACAUAUUUUUAUAUUGUGUUUGGUGUCAGGACGUUGUUAUGGCCUAUUGAAUCAGCGAUCUCUGUGAACUCAGCCGGGAAAUAAUGGCAGUCGCCACGGCGGAAUCACAAUCCGUGGAGCGGGGGUACCAGCGACUUUCCUCCCUAUUCCGCCCCACCCUCACAGAAGGGAACUCCUGUCACAGGUGUAAAGCACAGGUAUACCACGCAGAAAAGAUCGGCCCGGUCCACGAAGUAGUGUUCCACAGGAACUGUUUCAAGUGUGUAGUCUGUGGUCAGUUUCUGACCAUCAAGAACUAUUUCUCCAAUCAGACCGAUGCCUCGGAUCGCGAGGUAUACUGUGGGACGCACGUUCCUCGAAUCGGGGGGACACACAUUGACGAACGAGCCAUGGGAAUCAAAAACGCCAUCAACAGUCAAAAUGUCUACAAGAAGAUGAGUAAAAAGAUGAAUUCGGAGGUUCGUCUGGCCGGAACCCUGAGGAAACCUAACUAUAAUUACGAGGCGGUGGCAAUCAAACGCGCCACCACCGUACCCAAAACCCAGGAUUACGUGGCGGAGCGUGCAACAGCUGAAUCUCUUCACAAGGGGGUGGAUAUUGACGCCAAUGCUCUGUACAUAAAGGGCCCCAUAGAGGCGCAACUUCUCCGACAGGGCUACCAGCGCAAACUCGACAAGCAUCACUACCCGCCAAAUAUUUAUAAGAAGCGCAAGAAGUUGAUAGAAGAACAGCGCCGCCUGGAGGCAGAAUACAAGAGAGAGGAAGAUCGUCUACUGGACGAAUUUCAGAAUGAGAGAAAGCAGGAAAAGCGCCGUCUGUCGGCGGAACUGCAACAUGAAUGGGAGUCCAGACUGAAAGAAUUAACGGAAAAAUUCGACAAAGAAUUCGGACAAAAGAAGAAAAAGAUGAAAGACAGCGAAAGAAAGCAAAUGACGAUACACUUUGAGAACAAGAAGAGAGAGAUAGAAGUUGUCAUUCAGGAGAAAAAGAAGAAGAAGCAGGAGACGAUGACACUGCGACUGAAGGAGAAGGAACAAAAGAAAACGGCGACGAUGGUGGCGAGACAGAGUCGUCAGAUGUUGGAAAUACUGGCUCAGAAACAGGACGAACUCAAACAGGAACUAAAACAGGAAAUGGCCGCCGAGUCUAAAGUGGAAGGGGGAACACCUAAUGGAGAGACAGAAGAAAUAGAGGAAGCGAUGGAGGCUUUGGAGAUUAUCCCUGUCGCCCCCACAGAAAUUCCCUCACCCCAUCCCCCAUCCUGCAGGAAGAAAGACCUGUACGUGGACCCCUCACAGUUCAAUGACAUUGACGAACAAACAAUUAAGGUUGCAGAGAAUGAACAGCCGACGUACACGGAUUUGGUUCAACAGCUGACAGAAAACCUGGUCACGGAUUUGGAGAAGGCCAGGGCGAUUUACCGCUGGGUGACGGUGAAGGAUUUAAAUGUGAUGGAAUUUGAGGAGAGUAUAGAAACCGACACUCCCAUGGGGCUCCUCAGGGGAAUUAAAUACGGGACAGAGACGUACCACGUGCUCUUCAUGAGGCUUU